UGUAUAAAUUUCAAGGACUUUGAAAUGGAGACAAGUAAUAUGGCUCCCAGAGGAAUGGUGGUAACACCACAUCAUUUAGCUUCACAAAGCGCGUUAAAGAUUCUAAGAGAAGGUGGAACUGCUAUGGAUGCUAUGGUUGCUGCGGCUGCUACAAUCUCCGUAGUGUAUCCCCACAUGAAUAAUAUUGGAGGGGAUGGUUUCUGGCUCAUUGUUCCUCCUCAUGAUGAACCGGUGGUGAUUGAAGCUUGUGGAGCAGCUGGCAGCUUAGCAACGAAAGAAUUUUAUGCGGAUUAUGAUAAAUUACCAUAUAAAGGGCCCAAAUCUGCAAUCACUGUGGCCGGAUCGGUUGGUGGGUGGGAAGAAGCAUUAAAAUAUGUAUCUGAAUGUGGCUACCAAAGAUUAUCCAUUUCGACUUUAUUAGCAGAUGCAAUAACAUAUGCAGAAAAUGGUUUUCCUGUGUCAUCUUCGCAGGAAAACGGUACUUUGAGUAUUAUUAAAGAUGACAGUCUUUCUGAGGAAUUUAAAAAUAUUUAUCUACCAGAUGGAAUAGUACCUAAGACUGGUCAAAGAUUUUAUCAAAAAAGUCUUGGUAAAACUUUAAGAGAGCUAUCGCAACAGGGUUUAAAUAGUUUCUAUCGAGGUAAUUUGGCGAAAUUGAUUGCGAAAGACAUGGCGUCCCUAGGUAUACCAAUCACAGAAUCAGAUCUUGCAAAUUACACGCCCGUUAGACGAACUCCUUUGAGAUUACUUCAUGAACACGGAGAAAUAUUCAACCUACCUCCACCGACACAGGGCUUAGUUUCUUUAUCUAUUCUCGCAAUCUUAGACAAACUACGCAUCAGUGGCGAACAUGAAGGUCAAUUUAUUCAUGCAACAGUUGAGGCUACAAAACAGGGAUUUAUUUUGCGAGACCAGCAUAUUACAGACCCUUGUUAUAUGAAUGUUCAUGCUCCAUCACUGUUAGCGAGUCACGCGAUUUCCAAAAUGGCAAGCAAAAUUAGCCCUAAUCAAAUAUCUUCGAAUGGAAAGGGUGAGGGCCCAGGGGAUACAAUUUGGAUGGGGGUUAUGGAUAGCAAAGGAUUUUCUGUUUCAUUUAUACAGAGCUCUUAUCAUAUAUUUGGAAGUGGUGUAGUUUUACCUUCUACAGGCAUUCUGUGGCAUAAUCGUGGUAUUUCGUUUAAUUUAAAACAAGGCCAUAUUAGGUGCUUAAUUCCUGGGAAAAAGCCAUUUCACACAUUAAAUCCAGCGGCUGCACGUUUAAAUGAUGGCCGAACAAUAAUUUAUGGUACCGAAGGAGGUGACGGUCAACCUCAAACACAAGCUGCCAUUUUUCACAGAUAUGUUGUUCAAAGAAUGAAUUUGCAAAAGUCAAUUUCAGCACCAAGAUGGUUAUAUGGACGAACACUUGGAGAAAUUAAUGAUAAUUUGCAUUUAGAAGACAGGUUUAGUAGUGAGACUAUUGAAUACCUCAAACAGAGAGGUCAUAGGGUGGUGAUGUUGCCUCCGUAUAGUGGAACUGUAGGACAAGCUGGUAUAUUGGUUAGGCACGUAAAUGGUUUGCUUGAAGGCGCAUUUGAUCCUAGAAGCGACGGUAGUGCAGUUGGGUUUUAGAAUAUUACCACACAAAUGUUUAUUAUCAUGGUGUUUUUAAACUAGGUAAAAAUAGUUUGGGUUUACAUGGAAUUUUCAUUUUGUUACUUACAUAACACGCAUUUAUUUUAAAAAGUAUAGUAAAGCGGACUGACUGUUUUGUACCAUAACCUGUACACCAUCCGAAUUAAAUAACCAUGUGAUCGUAAUCCCCAAUAAUUUAAAACAAUAUAAUUUCAAACUAAGAUUAAGUAAUUUAAGUUGCUGAUUUAUGUUGCCGUAUUCCAUGAUAUAUGAUAACGAAAAAACUCUUCAAGGGACGAGAACUGUCAACCUCAGUUAAUAAAGCGUAUCCAACCCAAAACUGUCAAACAAUCUCACUACAAACUCUGUAUCGGAUGAACCCAAAACUUCGUGGACAACUUAAUAUGUAUCUAAUAAAGCGAGUUAGAUUCUCAAAUGAAGACGAAUGCGGCCACUUCAUUAUUCUGAGAGUUUAAUUCAGUGUGCUGUUCGGACCAUUUAUCCGCAUUAGCGCCAGCCGGUGACAAAUUAGUGGAUUUAUUACGUUUUUAUACGAUGUUUUGAAUCUACUCCCCCAGUGGGCAAUAGAAUUGACAAUUGUGGAGGGUUUAAGUUUUUCAGUAUACAAAGUUUUUCUAAUUAAAAAAAUAACCUGUGAAAAUGAGGACAUUUACAGACCCUGACCAGAGGGUCCCUUUUGAAGAGAUGGUUUGGAGAUUAUUCGAACACGCUGUUCAAAUGCGUAUUGGUGGAUACAUACGGCGGAAAUUCAUCCAACUCAUGAAGGCAUUACUUAUGAUGUUUUCCUUUAGCGUUUUAUGUUAAAUUUCUUGAUGUUUACAUUUGGUACAAAUUUAAAGCUAACCUAACCCAACCUAUUAUUUUAAGUAUACUGGUUCUUUUAAUCAAGUUUUUUUAUCGAGUUUUUAAACAGUAAAUAUUUACUUAAGGGUUUUAUUAAAAUUUAAAGUUGUGUAUUGCAAUUUGCAAUAAACAGCGUAAAUAUAUUUCAUAGAGUCACAUUGAAAUAGAAAACAAACCCCGACCUGUAUUUAUUUUAUAUUGUACAAUGUUGUAUUUAAUUUAAAUUCGAGUAGGAUAUUUGGAAUAAGAUUAUAAAUUAUUAUUUUUUGGUAUGUUAAAUAAAUUUAACAAAACC